AUGAGAAGUGGAUCUUCAUGUGCAGAAGUUGUUCGUUCGGUGCUGCUCGCUAGCUGUGAUGGCUCAAGAACUAACUUACCUGACGUCAACAUCUUCCUAGAUUUCGAUCAUGCUGUACCCUCGGAAUCUGAACUGCAGAUUUUCACUUUAGCUGAAAAGAUCUUAGAGCAGGCGGACGUGUUAUUAGAAGACGUGAAACACUAUUCAGCCGGGGCAUCAGCCGAAAUUCGCAUUGCUAUACAGCAACCCAACAACAAAGAUGCUCAACGAGGAGCACUGGAUAUUCUGAGCAGACUGGUGAUUCAGAUUAGGGCCUACUAUGAGUUAUCACAGCGCAUUGAACAAAUUGUACCGCUGCUGCUGUGGGAUCUUUGUUCAGGGCCACUGCCACCAGCAGAACAGUUGGAUACACUACAGGCAACCUGUCGACAGUUUGCCCGUCUUAUUGACUUUGCACUUUCAUUUGAUGCUGUCAAAAUGUGUACUCCAGCACUGCAAAACGAUUUCAGUUUCUAUCGUCGAGCAAUGUCUCGUGAGAGUGAUGGGCAAUUUGCCAUACCUUUGGAAUUGGCCAAUACCAUAUCAUUGUUUUUGGCUAGUCCAACUCCAAUGCUCUCUGCACUUAUCACAGCUACAACUAAUUUUGUUGCUACAAAUGGCGACCUUCCCGUUUCUAAUACUACAGACACAUUAGCCACUGUUGUGCAGGUCUGCCGAUUUAUGGUGGAAAAAGAGGAGAAUUGGGAACGGCUCUCAGACCAAAAUUGUUCCUUCACAAUGAGAGUUAUGGUUGGAGCGAUUAUACUAUAUGAUCAUAUUGAUAACACGGGGGCUUUUUGCAAAGAAUCGCCCAUUGAUAUUCGAUCGAUUGUGGAAUUAAUUAAGACGCAAUGCAGAAAUGAAGAGGCAGAAUCAUUGUUAAGCGCUCUGCGAUAUACAACAAAACAUCUCAGUGACGGAAGCACGCCAAAAUCAGUUCGUGCACUAUUUCCCUAG